GGGAACAACUGACUUCCGAGCAGAGGCACAGGCAGAACGGGGGAGAAGCGUGUAGAUUACUUACUGGGUACAUCCACAUAGAGAGAGCAAUGAGUCCCACGGCGACGUGUCCGUGGUGGACGCGGUACCCUUCUCCGUCUUCGUCGGUGAGUGUCCGGGCAAUGAAGCCGGGUCCUCCUCAGCGGAUAGUACCCUCGUCGCUGCUGCUCAGGGUGUUCAACGUCCUGCUGCUGCUCAGCUGUUCGCCGGUGGGCAGCAUCACGGCUCAUGGUGCUGUUGCAGGGGCGAAGGCCGACGACAGCGGCGGCGCGAAGGAGGCGGCGCCGCCCUCGGCGUCGGCACUCCGGUCCGGGGCGGAGCUGGCCAUCUCCAAGGGGGAGCACGAGAAGGCGAUCCGCCUCUUCUCGCAGGUAAUCGAGCUAGAGCCCAAGAACGAGCGGAACUUCUACAAGCGCUUCCGCGUGUUCCUGUCGAGACGCAAGUACGCCGAGGCCAUCCAGGACCUUUCCCGGGCGCUGGAGCUCAAGCCCAAGUACAAGCAGGCGUUGGCCCAGCGCGCGAAGUUGCUUCGCAUGAUGGGUCAGUGCGAGGAAGCCGCCAAGGACUACGCCGCCCUCGAGGUGAUAGACCCCAAGCACGCCGACCUCGAAAACCUCUACCCUCUGGCGAUCACCUGCGCGCAGCGCUUGGCUGAGGGGGCCGCCGCGGAAGCGCAGAAGAAGUGGGAGGCUGCCGCGGAAGCGUACGACGCCAUCCUGGACGAGCAGCUUGACCUUGUCGGGGCGGAGCUCCUCAUGCGGCGAGCCCGGUGCCACUUCGCGCUCGGGCGGUGGCUGCAGGCCGCGGCGGACGCGGGAAGGGCGGCGAAGGUGGCGUCGGAGGCAGAUGACGACAAGGCGGCAAGAGAGCGGGCGGAGGCGUUGGAGCUGCGCGGGCGGUGCUACAUUCACCUCGGGGACUACGAGCUCGCUGGCAACCACUUCCGACAGGUACUUCUCGACGACCCCGACAACGGUCCUUGCCGCGAGCAGCACCGGCGUUGUCGCGCCGUGGUGAAGAAGGUGGAGGCCGGCGCCGAGCUGCUAAGCGGCGGCGACGUCGCCGGCGCGACGAAGGCGUGGAGGGCCGCGACGGCGCUGGAGCCGGACAAUCCGGCGUUGUUAGGGCCGUUGCUGUUGAGGAUUGCUUCGGCGCAUCUCGGCGCGAAGGACUGGGCCGAGACCAAGAGGGCCGCCCAGGAGUGCCUCAACACACACCCCGAUGGAGAGGUUGGGGCCCAGGCGGAGAUCGUGAUGGGAGAUGUCCACCAGGCGGCGGAGGAGUUCCAAGAGGCGGUGAACGCCUACGCCAGAGCGGAGACCAAGGUCAAGGAGAUCGGCAUGGAGGUCUUGGACCAGGCUAGAGCAAAGCUCAAGCAGGCCAACAUCUUGCUGGAGCAGAGCAAGAAGAAGCAGUACUACAAGAUUCUUGGGGUCCCACGAAAUGCUGACCUGGCUCAGAUCAAGAAGGCAUAUCGAGACCUGGCCAAGAUCCACCACCCGGACAAGGUGCAGGGAGAAGAGGAAAAGCUAAAGUCGGAGAAGAUUUUCCAGGAGGUUGCCGAGGCGUACGAGGUGCUGGGAGAUGAGGAGCUCCGCGGAAAGUACGACCGAGGAGAAGAGGUGUUCGAAAACCAGGGAGGUGGUGGCGGGGGGCAACGCAGAGGCGGUCAGCAGUUCCACUUCAACCACGGGGGCGGGAAGCAACACUUCCAGCGCACGCACGUCCGUUUCGGCUGAGGAUGUGGCGCGUGGUGAUGAUGUCUUGUCGCUGUUGGUGGCAGCAGCACCAAGUUGCAAGUACUACUAGUUUUCCUUGGUCCCUCCGCAAUAGCGAACGCCGAUUUGAAGCGAUGAACUGUUGGGUGUUUUUGUCGUGACGUGCCCCCACCCCGUACGUACCGUUGCUGGAUGUUCUUUAUCGGCGUGCUGCGGGAAGUCGCGGACAGCAGAGGGCGUUGGAAGAGGGUCUUGUACGUAUGUGUGAAAUAGCAUUAGGAGACAGAAGAACAGGCAUGCUGGUAGAGGACCGAUCGCACCCGUAACGUAACGGUCCCAGUUUAGUGUCGUCGGAAAUACCUCAGGAGUGUUAAGUCAAUAUGACGCAUUAAAAAAGAGAGAGACCACUGGCCUCUUCGUUAACUUUUUUUCAACUGUGCAUGGCAUGGUCGGUGGGCGUAGUCUUGAGGGGGGUGAGGCUUGUGCGGCAUCACGCUUGUAAUCUUGCCGGAUGACGACAAUAGAGCAUUGUCCUUCGGCCUGAUGUUGGCAGAGCUACAAGUCACAUCCCCGCAGAAUGUGAGGGAGUUGGUGUAGUUUCCCGAAAAACACAGCUCAAACUUCGGUGAUGUGUCCAGGAAAGGAAGGAGAAUCGUCCGUAGGUACCACACGCGACCGGCGGCAGUAUCUCCCGAGACUGGUGAAAUGAAGAUUUUCUGGUUGCAGUGAUGGUCCUCGCAACUCUGACAUGCGUACUGUAGAAAAAUGCCGAUCUAUGUAGCUGCAGCUGUAAGGCUCAACAAAGCAAGCACAACCGCCUGCCGGAGGGAAAAGCGGGCUACGAAUGCAGGUACAUGUAGUCAUCCACAAAAUUACGAGCUUCCGUUUCCCCACACCGAAUGUCCGGGACAAGUUGUCCAACAGCGGGAGGAACACGAACUCUUCGA